AUGGAGGUUCCUACAAAUGCUUCAGUGAUAUUUCUCCUGGAAGGGAUUCCAGAACUGGGUCAUGAUCAGACCAUUAUUGCCUUUCCACUGUGUCUUCUAUACAUAAUUGCGUUCUUUGGUAACUGCACUAUUCUGGUAAUCAUUAAGAAAGAAGAGAGCCUCCACCAGCCCAUGUACAUACUGCUCGCCAUGUUGGCCUUGACUGACUUUGGGGUGUCCUUGACUACAGUCCCAACAGUUCUUGGGAUUUUCUGCUUUAAUUACAAUCAAAUUCCUUUGGACAUGUGCCUCACCCAGAUGUACUUUCUUCAUGCUUUGGCAGCCAUGGAAUCUGGGGUCUUAGUGGCCAUGGCCAUAGACAGAUUGAUUGCUAUAAUGGACCCUCUGAGAUACACAUCCAUCCUAACCCAUUCUAUCAUUGGUAAAAUUGGACUGGUCAUAUUGUUGAGGAGCGUCUGUGUGGUCUUCCCAGUUCCUUUUCUUACCAAGAGGUUUCCCUUUUGUAGGAGCCAUGUCCUAUCUCAUUCUUACUGUCUCCACCAGGAUAUUAUCAGAUUGGCAUGUGCCGAUACAACAGUUAACAGCCUCUAUGGCCUGGUGGCCGUCCUCAUGACCAAGGGCAUUGAUUCCAUGUUCAUAAUUAUCUCCUACAUAAUGAUCCUGAAAGUUGUCCUAAGCAUCAAGGCAAAUGAAGCUCAGAUCAAAGCCUUCAACACGUGUGUUUGCCAUCUCUGUGCCGUGAUGUUGUUUUACAUUCCACUCAUCGGGUUGUCAGUCGUCCACAGGUUUGGAAAGAAUGCCUCCCAUCUUAUCCCCAUAUUGAUGGCUGAUAUUUACCUUCUGGUUCCUCCUGUGAUUAAUCCAAUAAUCUAUAGCGUGAAAACCAAACCCAUCCGCCAGAAAAUUAUCAAGGUCUUCAGGUUUUCCAUGAUGAGGAAAAAGCCUUCUGGCCAUGGUGUCACUUCUAUCAAGUUCUGA